AUGGCGGUCGUGGCGGCUGCAGUGACGGCGCGGUCCCCGUCGCACGCGUCGGCAUCAGGCGCUUCGGCGGGAUGGUUGUGGCCGUUGAUCGGCACGGCGGCGUCGAUCGCGUUCGCAUCCGCCUUCUCGCUCACUCUCCGCAUCCUGCGGGGACUGUCCGCGUCGCGCACUGCCGCGCUGCAGCCUCCCCAGGCCAUCCUUGUGCUGGGAGGGAAUCGCUAUCGGGAACGACUGGCAGGGAGGUUCGCUGCCCUGUUGGCUAGCCCUGUGAUAGGGGUGACUCAGGAUAAAAAUACAAGCAGAAGAGAUAGCAUUGCGAGCAGCAGCGGUGGCAGCGGCAGCGGCAGUGGUAAUGCUGGUAGUAGCAGUGCUGCUGCUGCAUGCCUUGCGUUUGAUCCCAUCUUCACCUCCUCCCCCAAGCCUCUAGCCCACGGCACGCUCGACCCCCUCCCUCCCGCUCACGCCACAGCUUCCGGGAAGCUUCCGGUGUUCAUCUCGUCUGGCAAUGAUGAUGCUGCUGACGUCAUGAUGAGGGAGGGAGUGGCUGCCGGCCGGUUGCGGGUGGAUAACCACGCGUUGGACACGGUUACCAACUUCACGGAAAUGUUACGGACUUGA